CAUACUUUAUAAAUUAGCCAUCUCUAUGCAUAGCAAGCAUUGAAAAUUAUUUAUCAAACGCUUGUUUCAGCACUCAUAAAAAAUGUCGACCAUUGCCCCGGAAUCAGCAUGUGUUCAACUUCAGACCAACGAUGGAGAGAUUCAUACAGUGAGCAUUCGCUGUGCUCUACAGAUGUGCCCCGUGCGCAAUAUGAUAUUGCUGGAGAGACAGCAGAAUAUGUACACCAAUGAUGUUAUCCCUCUAUCGAGAGUCGAUGCCAAAAACCUCAGAUUUAUAAUCAAGUGGUGGACAUCUGUGCAGGAUCUGAAAGAAAAUGUAGGGACUAUGGGCAAAAAACAGCUAAUACAGUUGCUAACGGAGGAAAAUGCCAGCCAUGAGUUUCUGUUGCAAGUCAUCCUUGCCGCAAACUACCUUCAGAUGGAGGAUUUGUUGCAGGCCACCACUCACCUCCUGGCAGAUGCUUUGAAUGAAUGUGAAAGUGUCGAGGAGAUACGUAAAAAGUUUUUUUGUAAUGCAGAUUAAAAUCAUUUAUGUUUAAUAACAAAUCAGCGGAAUUAAGGAAAUCGCAUUCAUAAAAUUAGCAGGGUGUACAAAAUGAUAAUAGUCUUUUGUUUCACGGUUAUGAAGUAUGAGUAUUGUAAAAAUUUACAGUUCGUCUGCUGAAAUAAAGAGAAUAUGUUGUCACCAA